AUGUCAGACAUCGAGAAGAAACACCCUCCUCUCUCGGACAAUCCCGAGAAGGACGCCAAGGGUGCAUCGGAAAUCUUCACCAACUCCAAGCCAGAGUCGGACGAGGACCUCGAAGAAACCCGCGAGCGUAUCCUCCGCCAGCACCGGGAAGAACUCGAACAGCGCGGCGAGCUCAAGGAGCAACAGAUCCCCAUCCUACCCCUGACCCAGUUCUUCGGUAAGGGGAACAAGGACUUUGAUGUCAACGCCAUCGCCACACAGCCGUCUGUUUACGACAACCCGGCCGCAGCCGCCUACUUCAAGCCUCACCCCGACUAUGAGAACCUCCAUCGCUUCGAUCCGUCCUGCCGAUGGACUUGGAAGGAGGAGCUGCCGCUCAUCAAUAAGAUGGACCUCAAGAUUACUGUCUGGGCCUGCGUCGCUUUCUUUGGACUCGACCUCGGACGAGGCAAUCUUUCUCAAGCCAACACCGACAACUUCCUCCCUGACCUGGGCAUGACCACUAAUGAUUACAACCUCGGAAACACCGUCUACCAAAUGUCUUUCCUGUGCGCAGAGCUACCUUCUCAGAUGGUCAGCAAGAAACUCGGCCCCGACCGCUGGAUCCCCUUUAUAAUGUGCUCGUGGAGCAUCAUCUCCGGCGCCCAGUUCUUCCUUACCGGCCGAACCUCCUUCCUCGUCACCCGCGCCCUCCUCGGUCUCCUGCAAGGCGGCUUCAUCCCCGACGUCGUCCUCUACCUCACCUACUUCUUCAAAGGCAACGAGCUCCCCUUCCGGCUCGCGCUCUUCUGGUGCGUCCGCCGCGUAACCGACAUCAUCGCCCCCAUCAUCGCCUUCGGCGUCCUCCGCAUGCGCGGCGUCCUCGGCUACGAAGGCUGGCGCUGGCUCUUCCUCAUCGAAGGCAUCUUCAUGCUCUCCAUCGGCAUCUGGUCCAUCUUCAUGAUGGCGCCGUCGCCCACGCAGACCAAACGGCCCUGGCGCCCCAAGGGCUGGUUCGACGAGCGCGAGGAGAAGAUCCUCGUCAACCGCAUCCUGCGCGACGACCCGUCCAAGUGCGACAUGCACAACCGCCAGGCCAUCACCCUGCGCAUGCUCCUCCGCUCGCUGUCCGACUACGAGCUGUGGCCUAUCUACAUCUUCGGUCUGCUUUGGGAGAUCCCCGCCGGCCCGCCCGACCAGUACCUGACCCUGACGCUCCGCAACCUCGGCUUCGGCACAUUCGAUGCCAAUUUGCUGAGUAUCCCCUGCCAGUUCCUCGGCGCGGUGUCUAUGUGUGUCAUGACGUAUCUGUCUACCAUCUGGGAUGAGCGGGCGCUUUUCGGCCUGUUCACGCAGUUUUGGUAUCUCCCUAGUCUCGUGGCCCUGGCGGUUUUGCCGGAUAAUGCUGGGCCUUGGGCUCAGUACGCUGUCGUGACGACUCUGCUCUCGUACCCGUCUCCUCAUGCCAUGCAUGUCGCUUGGGGUAGCUGCAACUCCAACUCGGUGCGCACCAGGGCCGUGUCUGCCGCGCUGUAUAACAUGAUGGUUCAACUGGCUCGCGUCAUCUACUCCAACAUCUACCGCGAAGACGAUGCGCCCAAAUACCGUCGCGGUAAUCGCGGGUUCUACAUCUACACGAACCGCAAGAGGGAGAGGGCGUGGAACGCCAUGACCGAAGAUGAGCGCAUCCAUUACCUGGAUACAACGAAGGAUAAGGGUAGCGCAAAGAAGGAUUUCCGCUUUGCUCAUUAG